UUCGUUUCAAAAGUGACGCGGCUGCACAACGGUUCGGAGCGCAAACUGUCGUCGGAGUGAAGCGUCGUAUAACGGCGGGGAACACACAGUUCUUUUUUGCCGUUUUUCUUACGAUUUUUUGGGGAGCAAAAAGCGGGCGCGCGAAUAAUCAGUGAUCGCCAAUUGGAUUACUUUGAUCGCGCGCGAGCAGGCUGCGAUCGUGAUCGUUCGUGAGUGAUCAUCGCUGAGCGCGAGCGAAAGUGGGUGCGAAAGAAAACGCAAGUGCACUCCCGCGUGGUCAGAAGGAGAGAAGAGGAAGGAAAAGGGAAGUGGUGAAUUGCAUCACAUUGGUUGUGGCGGCCGGAUUUGUGUAAUCGUGGCCCGGAACAAACACUCUGAUAGCGAGAGCGAGAGAAAGAGGUUGGAGGAGAUAAACAACGGCUCACUCGUGAAAGUGAAUGAGUUGCAUCACGUGGUGGAUUUUGGUUGGAGUGAAUUGAUUUGGUGAAAUAUGGUGUUAUCAAUGGAGUUCGGCAUGGAUAACAACUCUGGUUUGAAGUGAGUGUGGUUGUUUUGUUUUUUUGAUUAGUGAGAAUUUUGGAAGUUGGGAUUUGAAUUGACCAUUUUGUGAGGGUGGUGAUUGUAACUGGACGCAAAAUGUCCGUUCAGGCGAAACGUCAGCAUUGUUAUUUGUGCGAUCUGCCGCGGAUGCCGUGGGCCAUGAUCCACGACUUUACGGAGGCGGUAUGCCGGGGUUGUGUCAACUAUGAGGGCGCGGACCGUAUCGAGCUGGUUCUGGAUACUGCCCGGCAGAUGAAGCGCAUUCACGCCGGUGCCGGCGGUGGUGGAAGUGGCGGCGGAGGCAGCGGUUCCGGCGGAAGUGGUUCCGGAGGUGGUGGCAAGCGUGGCCACGAGAACGGGGAGAUGCCACACAGGUCGGUUCCGCAGGCCCACCACCACUACUCGGUGCGCACCGGUCCGAACGGUCAGCCGACGCUGGUCGACUUCACGCCCAAGCACGAACCGCACGAAAUGGGUCCGGGAGGCCGGCCGGGACCGCGCCUGCAGCAGCAUAUUCCGCCACACCACAUGCCGCACGCCGGCAGCCGCCAGCAGGUGCCGCCGGCCCUGUCCGUCAACCUGAAGCGACCCCCGCCGGAGGACGACGAACACGGCGGACCGAUGGACGGCCCGACGGGCAGUGCCAAACGCGGUGCCGAAGAUCCGUCGGUAGCGAUCGGCCAGCGGCCACCGCUCACCCGCGGCGAAUCGCUGCCGGCGGUUCCGUUCGUGCCGGACCAGCGACAGCCCAGCUACAAGGACAAACACCCGGUGCGGACGGCUUCGUUCGACGCGGCGGCCAGCUUCAAACCGGCCGACCAAAAGCAUCAAAACAUGGGGAUUUACGUGAACGCCCCUGUUGUGCAACGUUACAAAUUGUACCCCACGGUGAUACCGAUUCCACCCGUCUCGAUGAGUGGCGGUGUCGGCGGCGGCGGUGACUCGACGCCACCCACGCCCUCGAUCGCACCCCUCCAGAGCCCGAUGGCGAACCUCAUGUCCAUCACGGAGACGCUCCCGCCGGGCAGCCCCCGGAACGGCCCAAGCCCGCCCGGACCGCCCCCACCCCGGACGGCGUCCCGCGGUUCCCAGCACUCGCCCAACAGCUCCGGAUCUUCCAGUGGCCGACGGUCGUCCGGUUCGCGGCACGUGUCCAGCACGACGGUAACGUCCACCGAAGCGCAACAAUCGAACCAAUCCGGCGUUCCCGGCGGCGCGUCCACCCCGAACGGCAACGGUUCCAACGGCAGCACCACCCCAGUAACCCUUGGCCCGCUCGGACCGUCCCCCUUGAGUGCCCAGCAACAACAGCAACAACAACAACAGCAGCAGCAGCAGCAACAGCAAUCCCAACCUCAACCCGGUUCCCAGCCCGGUGGCGGCCCAGGUCAGGACGUCAUCGGUGGACUGCCCCCGGGUGCCAUCGGCCCAGUGGGACCACCCGGAAGUGGGGGCAACGCCGGAGCCGGAGGUCCACCGGGAGGCCCGCCGCCGCCCGGAAUCACCGGAGGACCACAACCCGGCGGUCUGGCCAGCAAUGGCGGAGCACCGGCACCGGCGCCCAACCCCACGCUCAAGUGUACCUUGUGCCAGGAACGGCUCGAAGAUACCCACUUUGUGCAGUGCCCCUCGGUGGGACACCACAAGUUUUGUUUCCCCUGCAGCCGCGAGAGCAUCAAGCGACAGGGCUCCGGCGCCGAGGUGUACUGCCCGAGUGGCGAAAAGUGCCCGCUGGCCAACUCGACGAUACCGUGGGCGUUCAUGCAGGGCGAGAUCGCCACCAUCCUGGGCGAGGAGCUCAAGGUGAAAAAGGAGCGCGAAACGUAGAGCUACUACUACGGCAGUAGUGAUGACCAGGGAGGAUCAUCGGGGGUGGCCAUGUUGGGGCCUCCGCCGCCGCAGCCGGGCCACGCCGAGGACGGGUUGGUGAGCUCGUCGUCCUACCGGAACUACUACUACGGUCCGCGAGGGGUUCCUCCGAUGGUGGCAGCUGCUUCGCAGCAGCAGCAGCCGCCGCCGCCGUCAUCACCGCAGUCGCAGCAUCCAGUUGUUUGGGAGUUUAGCCAGGCCGGAACUCGGUGCGAACUCGACUAGGAGAGGAGGCGCGUUGGGUUUUGGCCGCUGGACAAACUUGAGGAUUUUUUUUUGUUAAUUUUUAAGAAGAAGCAGAAAGAGAAUCUCGUCAGAGAGGUAGGUUCUUAGUGAUCUUGACAAACUAUUUGGUAGAGAAAUGGCGAAGGAGAAUACUUUCUAUUUUUUUUUUGUACCGGAUCCGUUUUUUGGGAAAACACACAAUAACAGGAACAAUUGUUGUACAUAAUCAAAAUAGGUUAAGUGGUUCUAACACAACAACAAAACACACAAACAAAAACCUGAAGGGUUUGGCCCCUUUGGAUGAAACUUUUUUGGCACAGGAGAACGGUAAUCGAUUCUUCGUGAUAAACCUCAUUUUUUGGCGCGUCUUGCCUUCGCGAAAAAAAAAACGUCGAGGGCGAGAUUCGAAAACACAGAAACACACAGAAAAACGUUGUUCUUUUGUAUGUUUAUAAUUUUUCCUUGUGAAAAAGAAGAAAGAGAAAUAAAAAGUGCGUUAAAAUAGCGACAAAAACGUUAGUUGAGUAAGCAUCAAGCAAAACAGAAUCCUUAGUGAUAAUCGUAAGGCACGUGCAGAAAACUUGUGAAUAGUAUCGAUAAGAGAAAGUAUCGUGUAGAAUGAGAGAGAAAUACAUACACAUAUGUAGAGAGAAAGAGCGAGAAUGCGUGAGCGCGAGUACAAUUGAAUAUGUUUGUUUCAUAAAAAGAAGAAAAGAUUUUUUAAUUAGUUAAGACUUUUAUAUUUUAAUGUGGCGCGGCAAGCGCAACCAAUACACAAUACAAAGUCCCUUCCCCCCUUCUAACAACUUCAGCGAGAGAGAGCAAGAAAAAUAAAUCGGAAGUUUAAUUGCUACUUGCAAAAAACAAUGCAUUCUGCCAGUUUCAGAACAUCUAAACAAUGGAAAGAUUAGUUUUUUUUGUGUUAAGAAAAAGUCAAACGCGAGAAGUGAAACAAAUCGGAUAACUCUAUUUUAAGAGUUAACUUAUUUAAUUUUUAUUAUAUCUUUAUAUCUUUAAAUCGCCUUACGUUCUAAAAUAAAACAAAAGUAAAACGAAAACCUUACACACAUAUUUAUGAUUAACGAUAGUUUUUCUUUUCGUUUUCGCGAAACUACCCGGGUGUAAAUAGCCGAGAGGAAAACACAAAAUCCGAGCAGAAGUGGAAACAUUUUUGUUUUAAAUUAACCGUUUUAAAUGUUACGGCGAGAAACAAUUUACAAAUACAGAUGGAAAACACACAUA